UUUGGAGGUGGUACGCCUUUGCUUACCGAAGGCCACUUUAUAAUAUAAAGCUCAGGUGCUACUCAAUUAGUUUCAGUGGUUCAAGGAGUGCAACAAUGAUCGGAUUAAUACUGUUUUGUUUGUUGUCUUGUCUUUGUGUUUUAUGGGCAUGGACGGUGUAUGUUAAGGGGAAACAUAAGUUGCCCCCCUUGUAUCCUGGUGCCUUACCUAUCAUUGGACACAUUUACAUGCUGUUUGGAGAUGGGACUUCACUAUGGAGUACAGUAAAAGCGAUUGCAGUAGAGACGAUGAAACAGGGAGGUGUCACAACAGUCAUCCUAGGAUCAAGCAUAUAUUACUUCAUCACAGAUCCAGACGAUGCAUUGACUGCAGCCAACUCCUGUCUUCAGAAACACUUCGCCUAUAAAUUCGCGAAGCCUUGGUUGGGUGAAGGAUUAAUCACUUCCUCAGGUGAAGUUUGGAAGAGACACCGAAAACUGUUGACCCCUGCCUUCAGUUUACCAGUGAUGCUCAACUUUUUGGACAUCUUCAACAGCCAAUCACGGAAAUUAGUGAAAAAUCUGAAAGUGGAAAUAUCAAAAGGACCCUUUGAUCACACUGUUUAUUUAAGGAAUAUUGCUUUGGAGACCUUUUGCUUGACUGCAUUUGGAAUAUCUGGUUUCGAAGACAAAGAGUUUAUCAAAACGUACAUGCACGCUGUCGACAAGAUUCUGACAAUCGUGACUCAAAGGUUCCAGAACUUCUGGCUUCAAAGUGACCUCAUCUUCAGAUUAAGUGGUUUGAAGAAGGAACACGAUGAACUCAUUAAGAUCGUCAAUGAUAUGUCGAAUAAGGUUAUACAGAAAAAGAAAGCCGAGAGAACCAACGAUGUCAAUGCUUACGCUGUUAAAGCCUCAGGUGUAAGAUACAAGCCAUUCCUGGAUCUACUUCUGGAACUGUCAGAAGAGAAUGCUCUCACCGACAAGGAGAUCAGAGAGGAGGUGGACACAGCCAUCGUGACGGGAUUCGAUACGUCAUCGAGUUUACUGAGCUACAUCAUGAUACUGCUCGGCACGCAUCCUGAGGUGCAGGACAAGAUUUAUGACGAGAUCAGUGAAGUAUUCCAAACAGACAGAGAUGUGGAUAAGGACGAUCUAAACAAGUUGGUGUACACCGAGGCGGUUAUCAAGGAGAGUCUCCGGAUAUUUACCACAGGACCUGUCACUCUGAGAUACGUCGACAAGGAAGUUAAGCUCAAAAACUACACGAUGCGUGCUGACACGCAGUGCGUGGUGCUACUCUUCGGUGUCCAUAGGGAAGCUGCUUGGGGUAAAGAUGUGGAUAAAUUUAGACCAGAAAGGUGGCUUGAAAAGGACAUGCCAGCAAACCCGAAUGCAUUCGUCGGAUUCAGUCUAGGAAAACGAUCGUGUUUAGGUAAAACGUAUGCAAUGAUAUCGAUGAAGACGACCCUCGCCCACUUCAUCAGAAGGUACAAGGUUAAGGCUGAUGACAGCAACUUGAAGCUACGAUUCGACUUCUUAUUAAAACCCGUUUCUGGACAUGAGAUCACUUUGGAAGAAAGAGUUUAGAGAUAAAUACGUAUGUUUGUAAGAAUUUUAUAAGUAAAUAGGUCGAUUAGCAUCCUAAUUCUGAGCCAUGAUUGUCGAUUUACGAUGACGGUAAGUUUUGCUAUAUGUAGAUACGUUUUAUAGAUGUCUUUGUUACUUUGCAGUUUUACAAUGAUAAUUUGAGAAUGGAAUGUCCUUCUAGGAUGCAAAAACUGCUUACAUUGCUAAUCUGCCCUAUGUUGAUUGAUUGAUAAGUAUUAUCAAAUAGAUUGUUAGAUACUAGUAACUUAAUUUAGUUAUUAUACAAGGUUGUGGCAAUUCAAAGGACCCUUUUUUUCUUUUGAACAAUAUAUUUUAUAUUUAGGUGUAGUUAUUCGACUGAUGUAAAUAUUAAGUAUUUUAUAUAUUACGUAUAUCAAACACUCAAUAAUAAAGCUGUGAUUGGUUUUAAAAUUGAAA